AUGGCACAAAAUUUACAGAAAAAGCCCUCUAAGGGCAUAUUGAAGACUUCACGAAGUGUUGAUGGACAGGAUACGGCGUCUUCAGGAGCGCCAUCAACUAGCAAGCGAACGAAAGAGCAAAGAUUCGACGAGAUGAAUAUUAUGGAAACAUUUCAUCCGGCGAACAAGGAUUAUGGUCAUAUGAAAGUGGACGAGCCUAAGACUCCUUAUUCAGAAGCCGUGGACGGUGACUUGGUGCCGACUGACGAAUUAGACGCUAAUAUAUUGGCCGCCAAACUAGCGGCGAGUAUGAAUAAGCCGCCAAAGUGUGUGGAAGCCGAAGCGUCUGCCAGUGACGAGGACAUGGAGGAACCUGAGGAAGAACGCCGAAAGAGAAUUGAGUUUGAAAAGAAGCGGAAAAUGCACUAUAAUGAGUUCCAAGCACUACAACUAGCGCGGCAACUGAUGGCACAAGAAGAAGACGAAGAUGAGGAUCAACCUCAACAGCAGAAAACCUGA